UUUUAUGACACACAUACAUAUUAGACUUUUGUCAUUUUGGUUAUGGAAAGUAUUUUUCUAAACUGAAACAAAAAUAAUUAAUGUGUCAAUCUUUCCUCUUUCAAACAGGAAUCAACAACUUUAUAUGGCUCAUGUCUGACAACAUGCACCACCAGUGGCUGCUGCUAGCUGCAUGCUUUUGGGUGAUAUUCAUGUUCAUGGUUGCUAGCAAGUUUAUCACAUUGACUUUUAAAGACCCAGAUGGCUAUGGUGCCAAGCAAGAGCCAUUGAUACUGACAGCUGUGACAAAAGUGGAGGAGGUACAUGUGCCAGACGAAAAACAUUGGCCUGAAGAAUUCCAGCCAACUGGAAAAGCUUUUUCUGGAAAUCUGAUCCGCCAACCCCUCGUUCAUAUGGAAAGACUUGAGCUUCUCAGGAAUGUCUGCAGAGACACUGCAUUGAGAAAUCUCUCUCACACUGCAGUUUCCAAAUUCGUCUUGGACCGAAUAUUUGUGUGUGACAAGCACAAGAUCCUGUUUUGUCAGACGCCAAAAGUGGGCAACACUCAGUGGAAAAAAGUCUUGAUCGUUUUAAAUGGAGCGUUUUCUUCCAUAGAAGAGAUCCCAGAAAAUAUUGUACAUGAUCAUGAGAAGAACGGCCUUCCACGCUUGUCCUCCUUCAGUGACUCUGAAAUUAAAAAACGACUGAAUUUAUACUUCAAGUUUUUUAUUGUUAGAGAUCCAUUUGAAAGACUUAUUUCUGCAUUUAAAGACAAGUUUGUGCACAAUCCUCGGUUUGAACCUUGGUACCGGCAUGAAAUUGCUCCUGGCAUAAUUCGUAAAUAUAGAAAGAAUCGCACAGAGACCAAAGGGCUGCAGUUUGAGGAUUUUGUGCGCUAUCUGGGUGACCCUAACCACCGGUGGCUGGAUGUUCAGUUUGGUGACCACAUCAUUCAUUGGGUAACGUAUGUGGAACUUUGCGCCCCCUGUGAAAUCACGUAUAGUGUGAUCGGACACCAUGAAACCCUGGAGGACGAUGCUCCGUAUAUCUUGAAAGCAGCCGGCAUAGACCAUCUGGUAUCAUACCCCACGAUUCCACCAGGCAUAACAGUGUACAACAAAACAAAAGUAGAGCGGUAUUUUUCGGGAAUUAGCAAGAGAGACAUAAGACGCCUCUACGCACGGUUUGAAGGCGAUUUUAAACUCUUUGGUUAUCGGGAGCCAACUUUCUUGCUUAACUGACACCUAGGAUAAGAAGUGUCUCAUGGAUUAGUCUAAACCUGCGUGAAUACCAGCUGCAACACUGACAGAGCUGAGAAUGACCAUUUUUUUUUCUAGCUUUUUGAUGUUGCUCCAUUUUUCAGUGAAAUAUUUGUCAUAUGAACAAGUAGGGCUUAUAGUUGUUGUUUACUGACCAUGUUUUCAAUAUGUGACAUUGCAAUCUGCUACGAAUGAAGUCUCUGUUACCUGAAACACAGAAUUCCACUUCUCCCCUCUUUCCUCCAGGAAAAAAAAGGGAGAAUGAAUGGGCUAUGAUCUUCCUCUCCCUCUCCCAGACAGAAUGUCAUUUUUGAAAUGUUGUGAAGUAUUUAUAAAGAUGGCAAUUUCACUGUAGGUUAACUCUUGACAUGUGGGUGAACUUGAUGAUUCGUGCUCAUGAGAAAGGCACGUAGUCUCCCACAAGCUUUGAAAAUGAGAGGCCAGUACAGGACUAAAAAUUGACAUGCUUGACAACUAAAAUCAUCUAGGUUCUGUCAUGUGGCUGCUAUAAUAACAGUAAUGCUGAUCUAAUCCCAUUUUUAUUUGUCACAAAAUGAACCUAAUUAGGCAGAAGCUUUAGAGGUGUUAAAAAAGGGACUGGUUCCAGAGCCCAGUUGUCUUUGUAUUUUUGUCAAGUGUUUACUGUGCUUACUACUGGUCUGUUGAGCCUCAUAAUUCUACUUUUGAUUUUCAAAAUAUUAUUUAACUCCUGGCUAUGUAAGUUAUCUGAGAACACCAGAUGCAAAUUGAAUAUAGAAGAAAUAUGAAACUGCUAGGGAAACUUUAAGGAAAACUAAUUUAAAAUAAAGUAUUAAUUGUGUUUGCGGGAACACAUGUAGAAGUCACGAGACGCUCUCUAAGUAUCACACAAUUUAACUUGUUUUGUCUUCUAACAGUUACGAUUAAUAAAGAAGCCACAAAAGCACGAUGUCAUAU